AUGAAUGGUAUGAAGAAUUCUAUGAGCAUCUUUCCAGUUUACUAUGUAUUCAAGAAUAACAGCCAUUUAUAUGUUGUUCAAACAGAGAAUGUUACUUAUCUAACGCAUGCACAGAAACUGACCGAACAAAUUGGUAGAUUACAUAUUCAUGAAAACAAUAUCAAACCAAUUUUAAUCAAUUGUACGAUAGCUCCAUUACCCAAGGAUUGUCUUCAUCGUAACAUGGCAUUUCAUACAGAAAAUCUAACUAAAUCAUCAAUCAAUACGAGUGAUCAAUUUCUUGAUACUCUCGUGCAACAACAUCGACAUACCAUUAUUAUUAGUAUUUUAAUGGUCCUCGUAUUUCUAUUGAUACUUAUCUUUAGUAUAAGAAAAUUACUUAAUGUCAUACAAAAAUCAAAUAAAACAAAUUCUAUAUCUCAUUAUGCAUCCAGUGAAUUUCAACAGAAUCAUAGUUUUCAGAUGGCCUCCACUUAUGAUGAAUUCGAUGAUAUAAAGAUUGACAAUAAAGAAAUGGUCCGUUCAUAUACGUAUGAUUAUCUUCCAUCGAAUGCCACGAAAUGUGCUUCUGUUGUUUCGCCGAUAAAAUUUACUAACUUCAACAAUAUGUUCAAGUCACUCGCUGAUGAACUUGAUAUCGAAGCAAAAGAUUUAGAUUUAGAUUUCAAUAUUCUAGAUGACAACAAAGAAGAAGAAAUACCUGAUUAUUUAUCAGUAUCAAAAUCAAGUUUUCGAGCUAAUUUUCUUUCUGAAUUGUAUUGCUAUCAAGAAAUUGAUGAUUUCUAUGAUUUACAAUACUUAGCUAUUGUUACACACAAAUUAUCUAUUAUUAAUUUACAACGAAAACUUUGGUAUACCUAUAUACAAUGUGGUACUGGUAAACUCAAUUUAAAUGAACGAUUACAACGACAAAAAUUCUCUUCAUCACUUUGUAUUUGGCCUCAACAAGUUACAACAAUACUCAUCAAACAAAAUUAUAAUAAUAUUAUUGACAAAAAUAAAAUUACUCAAGAUAUUUAUGUUAAUUUUGUCAAUAAAAUUCAACUUCACUUUGAUGUGAAAGCAAAGCAAAUGCAAAUUGGAUUUGAAAUGAUUAAAAAUCGUUUCGAAUCUGUACUUACUGAUAUUGUCGAUAAAAUUGAUACAUUUGUACGAAAGAGAGAUCUGACAACUGCCAUACGACUUCAUUUUGAAGCAAGAACUGCAUUAGUUGAAUAUAAUUAUAUUGAUCAAGUUUUUCAAAAGGAAUAUCUCCAACAGAAACCUAAUGAAAUACAAAUAAAAUUAGCUAAUAGAAUUAGCGAUCUAGUGUAUAACAAAGGAAAAUCUUCACAAGAACUUACUUUAUUUCAAAUGGGCGUUUUAUAUAACAAAUUACCUGAUAAAUUAAAUAUAAUCGAAGAAACACUUCCUACAACUAUUACUAAUCUAAAUGAUACGGCAAUACGUGAACGAUUAUCAAAGCAAUACGUAAGAAUAAUACAAAAGGCUAAAUAUGACUUAAUGUCUGUCUUGUCGACGGCGGCUCAAUUUAAUAAAGAUGAACAUAGAGAAACAUAUGAUAAAGAAAUGAUUCAAUUAUGGGAUAAUCAACGUCAACUUCCUAAUGAUGAACGAUUAACAGAGAAUUUACUUACUAUAUUUGAUCAACGUCAACAAAAUAUCAUAAAAUGUUUAGAAUAUAUCUACAAUAUUAAACCAGAUUUUCUUGUUAAAGCUCCAACACUUCGUUCAAUCAAAAAAUAA